GAUGUGAUUUAUUGAUUUACAGUUUUACUUUCAAGGAUGGCACAGAAGAAAUAUCUUCAAGCAAAAUUGACCCAGUUUCUAAGGGAAGAUAGAAUUCAACUUUGGAAACCUCCAUAUACUGAUGAAAAUAAAGAAGUUGGUUUGGCCUUAAAGGACCUUGUUAAGAAGUACUCUGACCGCCUCGAGUGCUGUGAAGAUGAAGUGGAGAACGCAAUAGAAGAGAUCCGCUGCAAAGCAGUUGAGCGCGGCACAGGGAAUGAGCACUACCGAGCAACCGGGAUUGCCACAAUCGAGGUGUUCCUGCCUCCCAGACUCAGGAGGGACAAGAAAAGUUUAUUGGAGACCCGCUUACAUGUCACUGGUAGAGACCUGAGGUCUAAAAUAGCCGAAACUUUUGGAUUUCAAGAAAAUUACAUCAAGAUCGUAAUAAAUAAGAAACAACUUCAACUAGGGAAAACCCUUGAAGAACAAGGAGUGACUCACAACGUAAAGGCGAUGGUGCUAGAGUUGAAGCAGUCUGAAGAGGAUGUGAGGAAAAGCUCCCAGGUGGAGGAAGAGGAGCAGAAUGAGGCUGAGCUGAAGGAGAAACGCAUUCAGAGGACCAAAAGGGGGUUGGAGAUCCUGGCAGAGAGAGCGGAGAUGGUGGAUCCGGAAACGAUGCCUUACUUAGACAUUGCAAACCAGACGGGCAGGUCCAUCAGAAUUCCCCCUGCCGAAAGGAAAGCCCUUAUGCUAGCUAUGGGAUACCAUGAGAAGGGCAGAGCUUUUCUGAAGAGAAAAGAGUACGGCAUAGCCUUGCCAUGCCUUCUGGAUGCUGACAGGUAUUUCUGUGAGUGCAAGGAGCUUCUGGACACUGUGGACAACUACGCGGUUCUCCAGCUGGAUAUCGUGUGGUGCUACUUCCGCCUGGAACAACUGGAAUGCCUCGAUGAUGCAGAGAAGAAGCUGAACUUGGCCCAGAAAUGCUUUAAAAACUGUUAUGGAGAGAAUCACCAGAGACUGGUCCACAUAAAAGGAAAUUGUGGGAAAGAGAAGGUACUGUUUUUAAGACUCUACUUGCUUCAGGGGAUUCGAAACUAUCACAGUGGAAAUGGAGAGGAAGCUCGGGAGUAUCUCAACAAGGCGCGCCAGCUCUUUAAAGAGCUGUACAUCGAUCCAUCAAAAGUUCACAACUUGCUGCAGUUGGGGUUCACCGCCCAGGAAGCCCGGCUUGGCCUGCGGGCUUGUGAUGGGAACGUGGACCAUGCAGCCACACAUAUUUCCAACCGCAGAGAGGAAUUGGCUCAAAUAAAGAAGGAGGAGAAGGAGAAGAGGAAACGCCGCCUGGAAAGUAUCAACACUUUGAGAGGAAUGGGCUACUCCACACAUGCGGCCAAACAGGCCCUUCACCAGGCCAGAGGCAACGUGGACGACGCCCUGACGAUUCUCCUCAGCAACCCCCACAUGUGGUGGUUACAAGAUUCAGACCCUGAAAACAACAGCCGACAAGCAAGCCCUUCCCAGGAAAGCAUCGACCAACUGGUGUACAUGGGUUUUGACACAGUGGUGGCUGAAGCCGCACUAAGGGUGUUUGGAGGCAAUGUCCAGUUGGCCGCUCAGACGCUUGCGCACCAUGGAGGAAGCCUUCCUCCCGACCUGCAGUUGUCAGGAGAGGACUCCUCCUCCACUCCAUCCACAUCCCCGUCUGACUCUGCAGGGACCUCUAGUGCCUCAACAGAUGAAGACAUGGAGACAGAGGCCGUGAAUGAGAUCCUGGAGGACAUCCCGGAGCACGAGGAGGACUACCUGGACUCCACUCUGGAGGAUGAGGAAGUCAUUAUUGCCGAGUACUUGUCCUACGUAGAAAGUAUAAGGUCUGCCGCAAAGAACAACUGAACAGAAAUAAGUGCUACAUUUCUGCCUAUAAAUUCUGUCGUUGUGAACGGUCGAAUGCAGCUCUUCUUUGCGUUCCUCUUGCUUUUCAACGAUUUUGCUCCAAGUAGGCUUCUUCCUCAGGUACAGGGACCCGGCAUAGUGAAGAGAGGCUUUCUUUGUUGGGAAGAGGACAGUGGAGGACAGGGAAUUCCCAGGCUCUGCUGUUUCCCUUCUGCCUCCAGGUCUGCACCCCUGACCCUGCCCUCUCAGUUUUCCAUCCAAGUCUGGGAAGCAGGGCGGUCCGCAGAGGGACAGGGAGUCUGUCUCCUGUCCUCCUCAGCCAGCCCUCCCUCCUGUGCACUUUUCCUCCUCCCCUGCUGUUGGAGCUGCCCUCUUCCACCACUGCCUCUGCUGCGCAAGCUUACCUCAGCCCUUGCUAACCCUGCCUCACCCCUUGACUCUUCAUUCCAAGUGCUGUGGGCACAAUGAGAUAUAUAUAGGCCACAAUCCCGUACCAAAUGGUAGCAGAUACCUUGAUCUUGAAAUGUCAGUGUUUUGUGCUCUUAGAUCAGUAAAGUCUGUACUUAAAAUUCAAAUCAGAGUUGCAAAUCAGAGUUUCUAUGAAUUCUCAAUUCCUCAUACAAAGUGAAAGUCUUUUAUUAAAUGGAAGUUUUAAAUGCUAA